UUGUGAAAUUUUGACUGCUUGCUUCCAUACUGAAAAUGCUAAAUCCUAAGCUGCCUUCCAGUGAAGCGUUGAGAAUCCCAUGUUAUCUGUGGGCCUAAUACACAAAAAGAACUGCCUCCAACUUUGAUGGGAGAUGUUUCUAAACAUCAUGGAUGCUCUGUGGAUGAUGAGAUUGAAUUUGGUACUUGGCACUUGGUGGCUUAGUCAGUUAUUCUUAGCAAUCAAUGGAGCUACCAUUCCUGGCACACCUAGCCCUGCACCUCAACCUGAGGAAGGAUCUAAAUCAACUCCAACACACACCAGUAAUGAACCAACGUAUGCACCUAUACUCCCUCCAACUCCUCAAAGCUCAGGACGACUAGGAACAAAUGAUUACCUGGCUGGUUUUAUCAUCUGCCUGACAAUGAAUAUUGCCAUUAUAGCUGUUGCUUUCUUCUUUUUAUGUUACCUUGGAAAACUAUCAUCACGGUCAGGUGACGAAGUAGACUCCGCUGAACCCCGACAGACGUUAUCAUGGAAAGAAGCUCUGCAUCCUGUUGCCGGUGAGUGCUUAAAACUUAUAGUUAACAGAUGAAGACAAAUAAAUAGG